AUGGAGAUGUGCGAGUAUGCCUUUAACAUGAAGAAAGAUGAAGUCUGUGUCAACCCCUAUCACUACCAAAGAGUGGAGACUCCAGUUUUACCUCCAGUGCUGGUACCAAGGCACACAGAGAUUCCAGCAGAGUUCCCGCCAUUAGACGAUUAUAGUCAUUCCAUUCCAGAGAACACUAACUUCCCGGCAGGUAUUGAGCCACAAAGCAACUACAUUCCAGAGACACCUCCUCCAGGUUACCUGAGUGAGGAUGGAGAAACCAGUGACCAUCAGAUGAACCACAGCAUGGAUGCAGGUUCUCCAAAUUUAUCUCCAAAUCCUAUGUCCCCAGCACAUAAUAAUCUGGAUCUGCAGCCUGUUACCUACUGCGAGCCAGCUUUCUGGUGCUCUAUAUCCUACUAUGAACUCAACCAGCGAGUAGGGGAGACGUUCCAUGCUUCACAGCCUUCGAUGACCGUGGAUGGCUUCACCGAUCCCUCUAACUCGGAACGCUUCUGUCUUGGCUUAUUGUCUAAUGUGAACAGAAAUGCCGCAGUGGAGCUCACAAGACGACACAUUGGAAGAGGAGUAAGGCUGUACUACAUUGGAGGAGAGGUGUUUGCUGAGUGCCUUAGCGACAGUGCCAUUUUUGUCCAAUCUCCUAACUGUAACCAACGCUACGGCUGGCACCCUGCAACUGUUUGCAAGAUUCCACCAGGGUGUAACUUGAAGAUUUUUAACAACCAGGAAUUUGCAGCCCUUUUGGCUCAGUCUGUGAAUCAGGGUUUCGAGGCUGUGUAUCAGCUGACCAGAAUGUGCACAAUCCGAAUGAGCUUUGUCAAGGGCUGGGGAGCUGAAUACAGGCGGCAGACUGUGACCAGUACCCCCUGCUGGAUUGAACUGCAUCUUAAUGGCCCUUUGCAGUGGCUAGACAAGGUCCUUACACAAAUGGGUUCCCCAAGCAUUCGUUGUUCCAGUGUAUCUUAAGGAAACAUCUCCUUGAGGGGCAAAACAAGAACUCUGGAAAAUGGAAUCAGUUUAACCCUUAGCAAAAAGCAUAAUAAAUAAAUUCUCCAUAGUAUUCACGUGAUCAGAAAAAACAUGAAUUGCAAAAACAAGAGGUUAUUUUUAAACGAAGUGCUCAUUUUAAGCCACUUCCCUGAAACUGUGUUAGCACAUAUUAUGGGCCAUUGGAGUAAGAAUUUGAAGCUGAUGUUUUUCAUGCUAAGAACAUGGACUUCCGUUUUAGUGGCGUGAAGCAAACAUUCUGCAUUUAAAUCCUUGUUGUGCCUAUUUUGCCUCUGCUAUGUACAGCUCUGAUCACGGGGAAGCUGCUUUCACCAGGUGUUCACUGGGUUGGGGGUUUUGUGUUACAGAACUUCAGCCCAAUGCAAUGUAGCAUCUCUGUAAAGCAGAUACUAUUGAACAUUGCUGCCACGGCCUGCUUCUGCAUUACUCUCUGACAGCCUGACAGGCAUGUCUCUGCCCUUUCUGAAUGAGCCCACCACAGCAGAGGUGUUAAAUAAAAACAACACACUCACAAAAGAGAUUCCUCCAACAAAGCACCGAGGAGUCCCCCAGAGGGAGUGUUUUUCCCUUGCCAGAAAGCGGGCAAUGAGGCAGGCCUGGCUUUGUGUGUGAGAUGUACAGUUAAUAUCAUAGUAAUCUCAGAGACUGGGUUUAUGUGAAGCAAAAGACUGAUGAUAAGGUUUGUUUUAAUGUCAUUGAAGUGAUAUUGAUUGGCUAGGGUGGCUCUCAGACAAGUGUUUGUAACUCGUUGCAAUUAGCUCUUGCCACAUCUGGAUGAGUUUAAGCCUUACUUGCUAGACAGGCCAUUUGCAUUACUUACAUGAACUUUUGUAUUGUAUCCUCUCAAUAUGUUGAAUGGUGUCUUACACUUUUUAAAUUUUAUGGGCUUAGUGAACUUAGUGGUGGGGCGUAGGGAAGAGAGCUACUCAGUCCUUGCUGCCACAUUCAGAAAGAGCACAUGGGAGUAACCUGAUUUAGAGCAUACAGUGCCGUCACAUGCCACUCUACAAAUUUAGCUAUGACAUCUCAGAUACAGAAAUACUCUCUGUUGUUAAAGACUACUCUCAAGGUGUUUUGUUGCCUAUUGGAGAAAGUAUAAGGGGAGAACUUGUUUUUUACAUAUGUUAAAAAAAAAAAAAUUAUAAUAUCCUCCCUUGACAGUUGUAAUGGUAGUUGUUCCCUGUAGUGACUGUCAUGGCAAGCAGAAAUGACCUCCACAACUGGAAAAAACAAACAAACCCACACUGCUUGCUGCAAGCUAAAAUUUGCCAUACACAUUUCAUAACUUAUUCUUUGCCACUCAAUCAUCUGUUUCUCUUUGUUCCUGUUAACUAUCAUAUGUGUUUGUGCCAAAAUGUCAAGAAAAAAGCCUACCAUGUUCAGAAUUUCCUAUGUAAAUCUGAUGUAGAAAGUCAGUUACAAACCUACAUCUGACUCUGGGAAAUAUAGAAUGCUCUUUGCAGUGCUUUGUGAUAAAUAAAGCCUCAAUCCUGCAAGCACUUAUGCACAUGAUGAACUUUUAGACAUGGGUAGUUCCAUUGAACUCCAUGUGACUACUCUUGUGUGUGUGUGUGCAUUUGCAGAAUCACGGCCUAAGUCUCAUCACUGGGCAGUGAGCUUUUGAUGCCAUUUCACAGAUGCACUUCAGAUGUCUGCAUGUGUCUGGUUUGUCUGUGUACUAAGGCUUUUAUUACAUACUUAUUCCCUUGGUACCCAUUUAUAUACUGGCCAAAAUAAUUGGUUGCCAAAAUCACAUUUUUGUGUUUGGAGGCAUCCCAAGGGAAGCUACAAGGAAUCCUUUCUUUAGUAUGCAUACCGGACAAAUUCUCCUACAUUUACCCUGCUACACAAGCUUUCUGUCCUUACGUGCAGGAGAGUGACUAUGCUGUCAGUUUCACACUCAGAAUGCCCUUCAGGAGAUUCCUUGCCAGUGUUGUUUUCUCCUAGCAAAUAAAAGGAUGUUUUGGAGGACAACUUUCCAUCAAAGGUGAGAAAUGACCUCUAGUGUGUAAUUCAUGCUUGUGACCGAGAAUUCCGGAGCAGACUUGCAGUGGGACUUGUGCUCCCACUGAAGAAUCUUCCUCUGCAGCUUUGACUGGAGCUCUCGUGGAGCAUCAGUGCUUGAAUCAGAGUACUGGAGGUUUCUGUCAUUCUCUAUUUCUGCAGUGCAUUUGAAUUUGUUUAACAAUGAAUGCCUGUGAUUCAUCCAUCGAGGGGAGGGUGGGGUCUGAGUAAUAUGGUAUUUGCAAGCCAUUUAAAAAGAAUAGGUCUAACUGUCACUGUGGAUUGAUUUGUUAUACGUUGACUUCUUUAUGUUCAGAUUUCGGCUUCUGACAUAAUUGCAUGGAAAGAUCUAUUCUGGAGCUUAUUACAAAGCUGUUUUGAAUUGAUGUUAUGGUUUAAAAAAAAAAUUGCUAUGUAAAAGUGGCCCCAGGUUUCUUCCCUGAGCAUCUGUAGUCAGAUCUGCUUAUUUCACUGUACAAGCCGUUUUACUUCCUCACAUAAUCAUGGAGGAAGCAGGCCUCCAUUCUCUCUGGUGCCUUAGCAACAAAAAUGACAUCGUACAUUUCUGAUUGUUGAAUCUUUGUGAUUCGUGAUGUAAAACAGAAAACCUAGUUUGACUUUCAGAUUCCAAACUGAGUGUGCAGGGUAGCAGCUACAGUAAGGAGCCGGUUGUCUUUUUUUUUUGUUUUUAAUAUGAAGUUCCCGGAGAGAAUCUCCUUCUUUGAAUCUGAUUUGCACGUGGACUUAUUUCACAAAGCAGAUAUCUGUUUUAUUUCACAGAGGGUUAAAACCUGUAAUCCUUAUUAAUAUAUAGCACAAAAAGCAGUAUGCAGAUCAUGGUGGUAAACUUUGAUUAACAACAUCAUUCCUAUAAAAUGAAUUCAACUAGAAAAUGUAAGUCUCUCAGGCAGUGCAAAUAGAGAAAAAUAAUGAGGAAAAAAGGUAUCUUAAUUUGAAUCCUCUGUUUCCCUUCUUUGCCUUCUCACUGAUUCAUAAUAGCUUUAUGGUUUUAAAGUCACCUUUUAAGUUCAAGAAGAAAGUACUGUACCUUUUAAACAGCCGAAAAGACAAGGGGAGGGGGGAAACAUUGUGAUCCAAGGGUUUUGUGUUGCAGUUUCAAGUGGAUAUUGUACAGGUAAAAGCUUGUUCCCCAUCAGAUUUUGAACGUACUUUAAUCAUGUCAUUUGUGGCUGACACUACUGAAAGGAAAUAGAUAGCACUUGGGCGUAGCUUACUGUACUCAGCAUUGCUCCAGAGGUGCAUGUGUGGGUUGUUUUGUUUUUUUACUUAUUUUCUAAAACUUUAUUAUGGUAGCUUUGAUAUGUAGCACAAAUGUAUGCAGUCUACCAUGCCUUAGCUUAGAUUACAUAUGUGUACUGGAAUAUCCUCUCAUUUAGCUGUAGUCUUGGCUAGUUGACCAGGAUUUCAUACAUUUUUGUUACAAGCACAGAGUCAUUAGCAGGAACUUUGACUCUUUUUAAUUGGUGUAGCCAUACACAAGGGCACGGCUGCUGGCAGACGUUACAGAUGGCCUUGUGAUUUUUAAUAACUGUGGUGAAUUUUUUUAUUAUUAAUGUAUUGGACUGAAUUGCAGUGUGUAUUUUGUGUUUAGCUUGUCUUAGACUAAAAUCCAGUGCUAUAUAUUUGAUUUAAUCAACAGCUACAAAAUAUGUGUGUGCAAAGAGGGAGGAAUUGGAAGCAUAUCCAACUUUCCUCAAGGCUCUUGCUACAAACCUUUAGCCAAAGAAUGAUGAUGGAUAGGUGACCUUAAAGAAAUAAUUUCUAUUCGACCAGUUUUCUCUCCUCUUAGAGGCAAGUAUACUUGGAACAGUACAGAGAUACUCUGUAGGGUGACACAUUUUCAUAGCUGAGUCUGAAGCAGCUAGUGUAGCUGUCCAUAUCUCAUUCCAGUUCUUACUGGAAGAAGCACUAGGAGGUAGAGCAUAGCUCUGCGAAAGACUUCAACAACACAAUAAAAUAAUCUUGGUGUGAGCUCUCCUGAUACUCUGAGGCACUGCGUAGGUAGAAGGAAUGGAAUAUCAAUAAACUGGUCUAAGCUAGAAUGAGAAAUUAUUAGUCACUAUAUAGUAGUUGAUUGAGCUGUAUGGUUAAGAAAUUUGGUAUAUUCUUAUACACGUUUUAAUAUUUAUCUAGUUUCUUCGAAUAUUCAGAUGAAUCAAAUAUUUAAUUUUUAACAGAAAGAGCGCUUCAGGGUUGAGAUUAAAGAUCUGAGGUUUCUCAUAUGCUCCUCUCUGAUGAUUGUUAAUAAUUAGGAUGUUACUGAUGUGAGAGCAGCUAGACAUCUGUCCUAGAGCUGAUCAGCAAAUCCUUGCAAAUUAAACAAAACAUGGACUUCGGUUCUAUUUACUUCAGUUUAUGUUGCAAAAGCCCUUGUUUGGGUGGCUGUUCUUUUGUCUUUUAACAAUAAACCCCAUACACAGAUGGGCCAUUGCACUGUGCUCUUCAAGUCUUCUAGUUUAAUUAUUUUACAACAAAAUGAUACUUUAAAAAUAAAAAAAGAAAGCAUUACUCUGUAAAUGUUUUGAUUCAUCUUAUGCUUCCUCCCAUACGUGAAUGCUAGACCUAUCUGCACCAUUGCAUCCUAUUCCAUCUUGAGGAUGGAGGAGGCCCAGCUCUUUGUUUCUGGAGGGAAUUAUUCUGCCUUUUUGUAGCUGUCUAUGAUCACGUUUGCAUUAGUAUUUAGAUUUUCUUAACUUGAGAUUGUAUGUUAAUGAAUGGUUCAGCUGCCUAUGUGCUUUAGCUUAAGUAUUAUUCAUUCACCUGUUGUUACUAAAGGCCUGUACCAUGUAUGCCCUCUUAUGUCAUAUGUGAAACUUCUAUUUUUGUCAUUUUAAUAAACUUUAAUUUGAAAAAUAA